GGAACAAGGAAGUGCGCUGGAUCCCGUGGGGCGGUUUGGAUUCUGUUGGACCGGUUCACCGGGGGACACUCCCUUUGCAGCCUCACGGGGCGAGCCGACACCGGGAAUAACCCCGCGGCCGCUCAUGGUUACCUACUACAGCGAACGAGCAAGUGAACUGAUAUGACUUUAUCUUUGAUGUGGAAACUGAAUGCGAAAAGACCGGCACGUUUCACUGGAUCAGAUUAGUUUCGAUGGUUAAACAGAUCACUAGGAGUCUGCGCCAUUCUGGUGUCUGCAGUGAAAUGACUUGACACCAGAAGUCCGAGCAGCAUCAAAAAGCAAGGAUGGCAGGGAUAGCCUGGUAUCAAGAGAAGAUUGGAGCCUAUGACCAGCAGGUCUGGGAAAAAUCACUGGACCAAACAGAGUUAAAGGGUUUUGGCAACAAGCCAAAGAGGACGGGCCAUAUCAAGGCUGACCUUAUUGACGUUGACUUAGUACGAGGCUCGACCUUCAGCAAGGCCAAGCCUCAGAGUCCCUGGACAGCACUGACCCGCAAAGGUCUUGUAAGGGUCCUGCUCUUCCCACUUUUCUUCCAAUGGUGGACCCAAGUCACCUCACGGGGCAUCUCCACGUGGCUGCUGUUGCUGUACUUCUUGCAAGUAGCUGCCGUGAUUGUGUACAUGGUGGUUCCGGUGGCUGGCGUCAGCGAAGUUGUGGGACCAGCAUGCCUGAUGCUACUGCUAGGAACCGUGCACUGUCAGAUUGUGUCCACGGAGUCUAGCAGAAGUCUGCCGGUCAGCCCCUCAGCCAACCUUGCCGGAAGUCCGACCCGCAGGAAGAGGCAGAGGAAGGGUAGAAAUGCGAAGAAGGAGGUGGUGGAGCGGUUGAAUGACCUGGAACUGCAGAAUGAGAUCCAGAAGAUAUCCAGGAGAGAGAAAAAAGGGAAUAGUUUUGUCAAGCUAGGGGCGUCCGAGGAGCUGUCCAGUGAGGAGGACGCUGAGGAAUACGAUCAGCCAGGUCGGCGGCACCGCUCCAAAAAGGCAUCAGCCUCUGGCACCAUCCUGAGGAAGCGGAGCCAUGCUUCCUGCAGAACAAGCCCAGUGCCUCCAGUGCGCCCUCAGGAGGAGAGCAACAAGGCGCAAGGGAGAGCGGCCAGGCUUCCAUCGCGGCAGAUUGAGCGGCUACGCCCCUCGGAAAGCUCUCGGCCUGCCUCUGAUACCGACGACACCAUGUGGGAGGAGCUCCUCCAAGGACCGGACUCCGCCUCCUCCGGCAGUAGUGACAGUGAUGAGGAGACCCGGCAAAGCCACGUCAUGCCUGUGCCCAUUAUGCUAACCAGUGAGGAUGAGAGCUUCCAGCAGAGUCACCUGUCCUGGCUGCAGGCCUGCCAUCCAUCUGAAGACCGUGUGAGUGCCAUCAUCUGGGAGAAUGGGGAAUGUCAGAAGAUGGACAUGUCUGUAUUGGACAUGAGUGGUAUCAUCCUGAAUCGGGUAAAGGCUGUGGAGCAGGGGGUGGGCUACCUGAUGCUGGGUGUGGUGAUGACCACCGCGCUGGCCCUGCUGCCCUUCAGUUUCCGGCUGGUGCAGGGGCUUGACACAGCUCACCUGGGCUCCCUCUCGCUGUCAGAGCUGAUGGAGAUGGCGCUCGGGCCUCCCAGUAUGGUGGCGUAUUUCUUUUUCUUCAUCACCACCGUGGAGAGGGUCUGCCUCUCUGGACUUUUCUUCUUCAUGAUGUGUGUAGCGGAGAGGACGUACAAACAGCGUCUCCUCUUUGCCAAGCUCUUCAGCCACCUGACAUCCGCACGGAAGGCCAAGAAGUCAGAGAUUCCCCACUUCCGGCUGAAGAAAGUUCAGAACAUAAAGAUGUGGCUGUCGCUGCGGUCAUUCCUCAAGAGACGUGGACCCCAGCGAUCGGUUGAUGUCAUUGUCUCCUCCAUCUUCCUUCUUGCUCUUUCCAUCUCCUUCAUCUGUUGUGCACAGCUCCUUCACAGCCACCACACCUUCCUGUAUUCAGAGACUAACUGGGAGCUGCUGAUCUGGGGAUUUGCCCUUAUAGUCUUUCUGCUGCGCCUCUCCACCCUGGGCUUCGAGACCAACCGGAAGUACAGCAACGUGUCUGUGCUACUAACAGAACAGAUUAAUUUAUACCUGAAGAUGGAAAAGAAACCCAACAAGAAGGAUGAGCUGAACAUCGUCAACAACGUCCUGAAACUAGCCACGAAGCUGAUGAAAGAGCUGGACAAACCUUUCCGGUUGCUGGGCCUAACCGUGAACCCUCUGAUCUACAACAUCACACGUGUGGUUAUCCUGUCGGCAGUCUCGGCCGUGAUUAGUGACCUACUGGGCUUUAACAUCAGGCUGUGGAAGAUCAAGCCAUGAUACGAAAGUCCGGAUAGAUGACUUGAGUUCCACAGAUGUGCUGGACCAGUGAAGGAUAUCUGCUGAUCUUCAUCAGUGAGCCCUGAAGCCAAACUGCUACAGAUGGCAUGGAAGGGCAUCCCUGUUUCUAAGCCAAUGGAGAAGGCUCAAAACAGUGUGUCCAAAAUUUAAAUUCCUCAAUGGGAUGAAUAUUUACACUGGAUCAAUACGGGUCACUUUAGCGGUUUGAUAUUUGGCGGGACCAAUUCAACGAUAGAAACAGGAUUACGCUUUGCUUUCCUACACCGAAUGUGCAAAACUACUGUCUUAUUAAGUAAUCCGACGGACAUUUGUAUUCGUGGACAGUAUUUCAUAAUACAAAAGCAAUUACCUCGCCCUCAGGUGUAGCCCCCUUAGUGCCUUUUUCCUGCGACAGUCCCGGAGAUUGUUUAGGGUGGCGAAGCACCAAAGGGUGGGAAAAUAGCCAUGCCAAGGCGAAAGGAGAAAAACUGGAAGUUUCGAGUAUUUUACGUAAAGAGAUGCACGGAAGUGACUCGGACGCUCUAAGCGAUGGAAUCAAAGUUAAAAUCCAAUGAAUCGGUAAAUAAAUCAGAGGAAAUGCAGUCAAGGAUGUAUGAAAAUCUUAGGCUGCUGUGUGGUGAUUGUGUAACGACUAGCCGAAGUAAACGUUUUACGCAUUUUUAUUACGCGGAUCCAUAACCCAGUGUUUUAUUAUUAUAAUAAUUAUUAUUAUUAAAUAAAAUGUGGCGCCUUCCUUGUUUAAGUAUUUAUUUUUAAAAAUUAUUGGUUACUGAGUCUGGAGGAGGGAUAGUGAAUUGAAAGUGUCGCUAAAUUUAUUUUGCAGGUCAUUGGCUUUAACACUGGUACAGAGCAAUUCGUGUUACAUUAUCCAUGUUGUAUUAUGCAUCAGCAAACAAGUCUGUAUGCGAUUGUAUUUUUGUUAAAAUACAUUUCCCAGCUAUUGCCUCUCUCCCAUGUAUUCUGCCGCUGUUAGUCAUUAAUUUCAUUGAAUUUACAAAUGAACUAACAACUACGGACGCUCAAUUAUGGUGAAAUGUGCGACAUAAAUGGCUGCAGAGCACUUGUGUGGUUUUAAGAGCUGUGAAAUACCCCCAAUUAAAUAAGUUGUGUAGUGAACUGGGAACGGUGAAAAUCUCACGGGUAUUUUGUGUAUUUGCAGAAGGGAUCGAGUUCUAUUCAGGCUCGUACCAAAUUACAUCUUAACGGUUUGUUGUUCUCUAAUUGUAGGUGGAAAUGAUUUCCCUGUAAUUUCAGGAUAAGCAGAACAUAACUGGAAAAUUCUGCAAACGUGUACACGCCUUCCAAAUAACGAUCGAUAUUCCGGCUGGAGCACUUAGUAAUUUCAUAUUAUUCAAAUGAUUUCAUAUGGACUAACUAGGUGUUAUGCCGCGAUCUUGCGCUAUACGUUAUGAAGCCGUGGUUGAAUGGGUGGUAUAAUAAAAUUUUGAGACGAAA